AUGGGAGGAGGAAGCCAAAUUCCAGUAUUGAAUGGCCAAAAGCCGCCCGCGGAUCCAGGGCAGAAUGCAUACCUUCAUGCGGUGGUAGAUUUGGGCAGUAAUGGCAUCCGUUGUUCCAUCUCAGAUCUUUCGCCCCCAACAACCCGUGUCAUCCCUACUGUACAUUUUCAUCGGGUCAAUGUCUCGCUCUACGAGGCGCAACUGGAUCCCGCUUUUGAUACCCUCAACGUCCCUGAGCAGCUUGUUCACAAGGCCCGAAAGCAAGGGGGCUUUCCUCUCUACCUGUCCGGGGGAGGAUUUCGGGGAUGGGGCUAUCUUUUGUUAUAUCUGCACCAGACAAAGGGCCAAAGUUACCCCAUCUCGAUUAUUAAUGGGUAUUCCGCACCCAAGAAAGACUUUGAGAAUACCAAAGCUCUCAAAGAGGUGGCCCGGACAGCACACGAAAUCUUCCGGGUCUCGGACCGGCGACGCAGGCAAGUCCCCUCGGUGGCAUUCUUAGUCAAUACCCUGGCGCAGUCAUUGCCGUAUGGAAUCAAAGAGGCCCAUUUUUGCCAAGGUGGAGUUCGGGAAGGAGUGCUGUUCCGUGAGAUGCUCCCGGUUGUCCGCCGGCAGGACCCCUUGGAGGUCGCCACGGCCCGUCACGCGCCUUCGUCGGCCCAGGCACUGGCCGCUUUAUUGUUGGCGGCCCUUCCUCGACCGUCUGCCAGCCGAUCAUUCCCACGUUCCAUCAGUCUUCACCUUAUCCAGGCCUUUGCCAAUUCCCUCUAUUAUCAUGCCACAAUGGCCAAAGAACUUUCUUCAAGUGCUGCACUGUACAGCACUAGCACUGGGAUCCUAGCCUCCACGCAUGGUAUUCCACAUGACCACCGUGCCCUAUUGGCACUGAUGCUCCAGGAACGUUAUGGCGGAGAACUGCCACCCAGAGAUAUGGAUUUGAAGACCCAGCUGCAAGGAAUCUUGACACCGGAGGAAGUUUGGUGGACACGUUACCUUGGGAAACUCGGCCUCGUCCUAGCCCAGCUGUACCCAACCGGGCGUGUCGACACCUCUAAGCCUCGAAUUGUUCCCUCGGCACGAUGGAAGAAGGGACUAGGAAAGAAGGGCAAGAAAGAAGGCCUGGACUUGACAAUUGCCAUUCAGAAAGUUGCAGAUGACCCGUCUCACCUGAGAGAAGAGCUCGAAAAUGACGUGCAGAAAAUCCAGAAGGUCGGAAAGCGGAAGAAUUGGAUUGGUGGGCGAGAUGGCUGGGGCAUCAAAGUGCGUGUCUCAGUGGUAGAAGAGGAUUUAUUGGUGACUGGAGAAACAUAG